AUGACAACCAAUAACCAGGUAUUCCCAACACUUAAGAAUGACUUGUUCUUGAGAGCAGCUAGAGGCGAGAAGGUCGAGAGAACUCCUGUUUGGAUCAUGAGACAGGCUGGCAGAUACUUGCCAGAGUUCAAGGAGGUUCGCGCCGAUGUAGACUUCUUCACAGUGUGUCGCAAUCCAGAGCUGGCUUGCAAGGUCACUCUGCAGCCAAUCGAUCGUUAUCCUGGCUUGGACGCAGCGAUCAUAUUCAGUGAUAUAUUGGUCGUGCCUCAGGCCAUGGGCCUCGAGGUCCAGAUGAUCCCAGGCAAGGGUCCACACUUCCCCAACCCAGUGCGCACACCAUCAGAGAUGUCGCGUGUCCAGUACCCCGUGGACGUGAAUGCCACGCUUCAAUACGUCUUUGACGCGCUCACUUUGACUCGCCAGCGUCUGGAUGGUCGCGUGCCCCUUAUCGGCUUCACUGGCGCACCCUGGACCCUCCUAUCAUACUGCAUUGAGGGUGGUGGCAUCAGUGGCUCAGGCAUGAACAAUGCCAAGACAUGGCUCUAUCGUCACGCUGAGGACGCUCACCGAUUCCUCGACAUGUUGACCAACGUAUGCAUCGACUACCUCAUUGGACAAGUGAACGCAGGUGCACAGGCACUGCAGGUGUUCGACUCGUGGUCGGGCGAUCUGUCGCCGCACCUCUUUGACACGUUCUGUCUGCCAUACCUCGUGACGAUUGCCGAGCGCGUCAAGGCCGUCCACCCCGACAUCCCCAUGAUCUGCUUCGCCAAGGGCUCCAACUUUGGUUUGGCCAAGCUGGCCAACUCCAAGUACGACGUGCUCGGCGUCGACUGGACCAUCGACCCCGCCACAGCCAGGAGCUUCGUCGGCACCAACAAGACACUGCAGGGCAAUUUGGACCCAGCCGUCUUGUACGGUGGCAGCGAGGUCAUCUCCAAAGAGGUCGAGCACAUGGUUCGCUCGUUUGGAACUCAGCGCUACAUUGCCAACCUUGGACACGGCAUGCAACCAACACACACAGUAGACAGUGCAGGCGACUUUAUCCAAGCUGUACAUCAGCACUCCACCAAGCUGGCGCAUGAGGGAAUAUAA